UAGAGCGCGCGCUUCGCGUCUCUCGGUCCCAUGCAGCUCCGCGCGCAUUAACGCGUUCGCACGCUCCAGCACUUCCGGUGGAACCGAACCGGUCCGGACUCGGCGGUGAAAGUUAAUCGGCCCCCCGGGGGAGCGGAUGAAGAAACACAUUUUGCUCAUCUUCACAUACCGGGGACUCCUCAGCAAAGGGAAGAGAAGUAAAAAGAGAAAAUGGCCAGUUUCGUGUUACGGAAAGCCGAGCGCGAGGACGUGGCGGAUAUACUGCGACUCAUAAAGGAACUUGCCAAGUACGAGGAGAUGGAGGAGCAGGUCAUUCUGACUGAAAAAGAUUUGCUGGAGGACGGCUUCGGGGAUCAUCCUUUCUAUCAGUGUGUCGUGGCCGAAGUGCCGAGAGAGCAGCAGAGCGCUAGCGGCCACACGCUGGUCGGCUUCGCCAUGUACUACUUCACCUACGACCCCUGGAUCGGGAAGCUGCUCUACCUGGAAGACUUUUAUGUCAUGAAGGAGUUCAGAGGUUUUGGAAUUGGGUCAGAAAUCCUGAAGCACCUCAGUCAGACGGCAGUGAAGUGUCGCUGCAGCAGUCUGCACUUCAUCGUGGCCGAGUGGAACAAACCCUCCAUCGAGUUCUACAAACGCCGCGGCGCCAAUGAUCUCUCGCUGGAGGAGGGCUGGAGGCUGUUCAAGAUCGACAAGGAGAAUCUGAUCAAAAUGAUGUCUGAGGAGUGAGAAGGAAAAGAGACCCCAUUUUAUAUUUAUUAGACUCGUUGCAAAUGAAAGAGAGAAAAUGUUUCCUGAAAUGAAUCUACAGUGUAACGAUGAUGAUAUAUAUAAUAUAUAAUAUAUAUAUAUAUAUUCUAA